AACCCCGCGAGCCUCUCCGCGCUGUUCAUCUACCUGCUGCUGCAUACUGCUCUGCUACGUCUUGAUUGGCCGUCUUGGCCGAAAUCCUCUUGAAUGAUUUCAAACGUUUCAAACCGAACCCGAGUGUUUGGACAAGAAGGUGGGGGUGGGCUGCUAUUUCCGAGCAGGCUGAGUGGAAAGGCUUGAAUCCUCCGUCCGCAAACGCACCACCUCAGCAAAGAAGCUUAUCCGAGGAGCGUUGCUGACGGUGAACGCGUACAGGAGAGCACCGAGUGGACUUUACAAUUGGCUCGUGUUUACGCGACGGUUUUUAUUUUUUACCUCAAAUCUGCUUAUUUGAAUUGUUUCGCUUUCUGUUUACCAUCGUUUGAAUGGAGCGAUGUCCAGAGGAGAGGGCGCACAUUGCUAUGGGAAUGUUGAUGGGAACCAGGACCUAAUUGAAAGUACAUGGUAAUUAAUCGAUUUAAAUCAUGAGUUUCUGUUAUUGACGGAAUGUGAGUACAUUGUGAGGGCAUUCAGUUCAUCUAGGGUUGCCAUAGCAUCACAUUAAUAUUUCCUUUUAAUUAUCGGCCUGUUGAAGAGGAGGGCAUAACGAUGCUUUCAUAUUUUGGACAAUGUAUUUUAACACAAUCCCGCAACUGAGGCUCUGUUAAUUUAGUUUUGACAACACAUUUUAAGCCUCCGUUUUUACACGAUCUGAGACUCAGCCAGAGACAGCCAUGGCUAAAAAUCCGUCCGAGGGAGCGAAGGAUGAGGUGAGCCAGAUGACGGACGAGGAGGUGCUUCGGUUCAGCAAAGAGGAGCUGGUCCGGAGAUUAAGGAAGGUUGACGGCGAGAAAAUGAACCUGAUGAUCGAUCAUGGCAACAUGAUGAAAGACAUCAACCGGAGGCUGCAGGUGCAUUUGCACGAGAUCCGGAGCCUGAAGGAGAUCAACCAGAAGCUGCAGGACGACAACCAUGAGCUCCGGGAGCUCUGCUGCUUCCUGGACGAUGACCGACAGAAGGGCAAGAAACUGUCCCGGGAGUGGCAGCGAUUCGGCCGCUUCACUGCCAGUAACAUGUGGAAGGAGGUGGGCAACUACAUGAUGAAGCUGAAGGAGCUGGAAGCCAACCAGGACACCGUGUUGAGGGAGAACUCUGAGCUGAAGGAGAUCAUCCUCAUGCUGGAUGAGGAGAGGAACGGAGCGGGGUCCAGGAGCUCAAUAGACAGUCAGUCCAGUUUGACCAACCUGAACGGGGGUACCGGCACCGUCAGGGAUGUUGGAGAUGGGAGUAGCACAUCCAGCACAGGAAGUGCUGGGAGCCCAGAUCACCACAAUCACAACCACAUACACAAGCCCGCCACAGAGAGCAGUAAGCUAGGCACCACCAUAAGGAGGUCGAUGGAUGACCUGUCAGCACCGCACCACCACAGGAGCAUCCCAAAUGGUCUUAAUGAUUCCUCCACCAACUACAUCAGGCAGCUGGAGUCUAAGGUGCGGAUCCUGGAGGACGAUAACACUAAGCUUCUCUCACAGGCCAAUAGCCGGUAUAGUUUAUCACAGAUACAGACAAAAAAGCUUGUCGGGACGUCUGGUGGGCUGAAUAAUUUAAGACACGGGGGGCCAACUCAGGGUACCGGGCGUCUCCCCACCAGUGAGUCCUCUCCCGCCACAGGUUACCUGUCCUGCGCCCAGAAGCCUGAAGCAGUGGUCCAUGCCAUGAAGGUGCUGGAGGUCCACGAGAACUUGGACAAGCAGGUCCCCGAGGACUACGAGGACGACCUCAGUGAGAAAGAGAAGGCCAUUGUGCGAGAGAUGUGCAACGUGGUGUGGAGAAAGCUGGGUGAUGCAGCAGGAUCAAAGCUGUCCAUCAGACAGCACCUCUCUGGGAACCAGUUCAAAGGGCCGCUGUAGCAUGGCAACAGAAAGAGAGAGAGAGAUUUACAGUACUCACCUGAAAACACCUGCGCCUACACAACCCAUCAUGCCGUGCUCCCCUACUGCCUACAGAACCCAGCAUUCCUCCGACAGACGCUCUCUAUUGACUGGCUCAGAUAGCUACCUGUUAGCAUGUUAUCCACAUGCACAACUGUCUUUAUCUCAGAGCUUAUUAAGCGUCUGCAGCUAGUUUCACCGAUUUUCUUCGUUGAUUUGAAGGCCACACAACGAUCUCUCUCUGAAGAACGAAACAAUUGUGUUGAUGGCUUUUACAGAGCAUAGCUGUGGUACAUUAAGCUAACGAUAAGACAUGGUUUCAAGCACAGACAAAAAAGUGUCUAGCCAUGGAUGUGAAGGCAACACGAUUGCGGUAUCUUCAGAUACAUUUUGAUAGUACCUCCUUUAGCGACCCCCUAGCUCCUGUCACAUGUAUUGCCCCCCCCCCCCUAGUGGUCAAUGAGUAUAACUAGCAUUAGCAUUCUAAAGUGUUAACUAAUGUGAAACCCACUGUGACCUAGCGCCUUGUGCUCAUAAGACAAGUCUAUGGAUAAUAACGUCUAGAGAUCACUGUUAACUUGUGUAUUAUAUGUAUAAAACCAUAGCACUACUUUCAUUGUUAUUGUUGAUUUUACUUUUAUCUUUUUUUGUAUUCUAGCGUGGCCAUGUGAUCAAUAAUUUUAGUUGGAAAAGCAUACACAACCAGACCUUUUAAACAGGGUUUUCUUUUGGUAAAAAAACAACAACUCCUCUUUUAACUUCUUCUUUUAGUUCUUCUCCAGAUGUAUUGCUGUAAUUCCGUCUCUCUGUAUUGGAAAUGUAUCAAGGCCAUUCUGAAUCAGACCAUCCCCUCGGGCUAAUUUUUUUUAACUUUGUAAAAAUGAACUAAAACUGUAUGCUGUUUGCAUGCUCGACAAUCAUUUUCUCAGGUUGGGAGGGCUACAGCUUUGUGUGUGUGUGUGUGUGUGUGUGUGUGUGUGUGUGUGUGUGUGUGUGUGUGUGUGUGUGUGUGUGUGUGUGUGUGUGUGUGUGUGUGUGUGUGAGAGAGAGAGAGAAAGAGGAGACUGAAUGCUUCUCUUGCAGCUGUAGCAUCUGCCUGUGUAUCCUCUUCUUCUCUAUUGAACCCUGGUUACAACUCGGUUGAAGACUGCUGAAGGCAUUUGCUGAAUCCAUAGCCUUGUCCCAUUAUUAAAAAAUGUCAAGGCCAAAUAUUAAACCCUAAGUUUAGUUUGGACGGCAUUAUUGGAAUGCUCCUAAUUACUUGUUUAUUAUUUUAUAUCUCAGUAGAUGAAAGAAAACGUUUUCUUGAGCUCAGUCCUUUUCUGUGGAUUCAGCAGGUGUGUUUAUGCGGCGCAUGUUUCUUAAAAUCUUUUUUUAUUAGAAUAUGAGAUAAGUCUUCCCUUAGAUGUCUCCUGAAAAAAAAACUAGUAUUUCUUGAUGUCAUAAUGAACAAACGCUGUUUAUCAAAGUAUUUAUUGCAAGGUGUCAGAUAGAGAUGGGAGAGCAAUCAAUAACUGAACAGUCAUAUUUUAAAUGUAUCAGAUUUACUCAAAGUUAUUUGAUAGAUACAUUUAGUGACUGCCAGGUCGGGCUCUCCCAUCUCUAGUGUUAUUUGUUCCAAAUUAGAACAUUUUGAGGCUGUCCGCCAUGCUCCUCUCAAGCAACGGGGUCUAAAAUAAAUCAAAGUAUGGUUUUUUAAAAGUGUCCUUUUUUCUAGGAGCUGAUUUAAAGCCAUGAUGCAAUUUUGAAUACUUUAUUAAUGGCAUUUGACUUGAAAUGUGCCACAUUUUGUCCUGCAUGGUAUUUUGAUUUGGAACCCAACUGUAUUUUUUUUAAACAUCUAUAGUGUUUCUGCCUAUAUGCUAAAACCACAGUACAGAAUCCUAGAAUCUACAGAGUAAAUGUUGAUUCCUGUAGUAACUAGCAUGGCUGUAACUUCUUUUUAUGAAUUUCACUGAUGAGAUGAAUAUUUGGCAGGUGAAAGGAAGACAUGAAAUAGGCCACUUUUAGAAAAAUUUGGGAGAAAAUAAACGAAGUUGGUUAAAGAAA